AUGAUUGACCAGGUUUCCUCUGGGAUUCUCGUCUGUAUCGGCCUUAUUAUUUCUGGCCUGUGCGGAAUAUCUACAGUUGCCUAUCACUUCUUCUUCCGUCCUCUUGCAGCCUUUCCAGGGCCUAAACUUGCUAUUGCGACCUUUGCCUAUGAGUGGUAUUAUGAUCUUGUACUCGGUGGUCAAUACACGUUCAAACUAAAGGAACUGCAUAAGCAAUAUGGCAAGUCGAUUUAUGGUUGCCAGUGAAGAUACUAGCUGACUCUCUAGGCCCGGUAUCACGACUCAAUCCAGACGAACUACAUUUUGAUGAUCCGGAUUAUUUUGACGAGAUAUUCAACGUAACGAACGGCAAGGCAGACAAAUUAUACAGAGUAGCGAAUGCAUUUGGUCCGUAUCCUGCUGUAAGGUUUCUCAUCCCCUUUUUGUUGAUACUUUUAUUCACAUCUCUCAACAAGACAAUCGGAACCCAAGAUCACGACCUCCAUCGUCUAAGGAGAAGUGCUGUAAAUGUUUUCUUUUCAAAGCGUUCAGUUUUGGAUCUCGUACCCCAUAUCCAACGCAUUAUCGUCAAUUUUGUAGUCGCUUUGAAGAUGCAUGUACAACAGGAGAACCAGUGA